GGAGCGGAGCUCACCUACGACGAUGGCGACACCGAGCUGAAGACGGAAUUAUGUGUUUUGGAAGGCGUCAAGAAACUGCUGGUGGAAAGAUGCCAAGCGGCGUGGGAGAAGAUCAACCGUUUGGAGGAGGUCAGAUUCAAGUUGACUCUGGACAUUAACGAUAAGCAGGAAUCCAUUGAAUUGGACAAAGAUCAAUUAACGUUGGAUAAGAACUGCGCCAACAUCAGCUACAAGAUUGAUCCUCUCAGGAUUGCUAAAAAUUCUCUUCCGUACGAGACUUGGUUGGAGCAUUCGAAGUAUACAAAAUUGCUUGCUGACAAUGAGCUGGCCGAUACUAAUAAGCUGAGGGAGGCGAUGUUCGUGAUGAGGGAGAGGGCGAGGAACGAUAUGCAGGCGCAAAGGGAUCGCGUCGACUUUAGCUUGAGGAAGCGGAUCUACGAGACGCAGAGGGCUCGCAACGAGCUGGAAUGGCAGCUGCUGAAGAUGCGCGAGGAAAUGGAGAAGGUGCAGAAGGAAAUCAAGACGCUGGAAGAUGCCCUCGAGGAUAAGACGGACGCGCGCAAACUGUGCGAGACGCGUCUGGAGAACAGGACGUACCGGCCGGGAGUCGAGCUGUGCCAGGACGAGGCCGAAAUCGGGCUCAAAGAUGAGGUCAUGCAGCUGCGGCAGACGCAGCAGGAUCUGAUGGACAAGAUCAACUGCGCGAAAGCCACGUACAACGCGCUCGAGGAUCAGCAGGUCCUGAUCGAGAUCGACCUGGGGAACAAGUCGCAAUCCUUGAUGACCGACAUUCGAUGUCUGGAUCUCAGGGGUCGCCUGAAGACGGGCGGAAACGUUUCCGACACCGACAGGAAUAUCCAGUUGACACAAAUGGAAAAGGAAAUUCCGCCGACAUAAAUUGAAUCUUUUCAUUCCACGAAAAUUCGUAGUGUAGUUUGUGUGCGCGU